AUGAGUCUUAAGUUACUGAUUCUAGUUAUCAGUACAGCUUUCGUGUUGGCACAGCUGUGCCCUGAGGGUCAGUUUGAAACGAGUUUUCUUGACAGCUGCUCUGAUUGCCCUCAAAAUCCUGAAACGAGUUGUGAGGGUGAAGGCGAUGACGCUGAAUCUUGUGAGAAGAGCUGCAUAAAAGGUAAGCAAGCCAUUGAAGUGUACUCAGAGCUGGACAAAAAGUAAGCUAUCCAAUAUUAAAUCAAUAUUAAACUGUACUCUCGAAGUUUUUAAAGGCCAAUACUGAGCGGCGUUUUAUCACAACAUUGUUAAGUUAUUCACAUUUUAUUUCAUCGUCUAAAUGUAUUUCUAGAGCAGAAAUACUACGUCGGAAACGGCAGCGAACAGUUUUGUGAUUACGAAGCACUUUAUCACAUGACGAACAAACAGGAAAAUAUUAUGUCAAUGUAAAUACAGUAAAUUUCAUUGGCGUUUCAAAACCAUUGAAAAAAGAUAUUAUAGUUAUACUAUUCUUUGAUUAUAUAUCUGAUGAAAUACUGUAUGUUUUAUAAGAAAUACUCAACAUUUUACAUUUCAAAACAAAAAAACACGAUGUAUUAAAUCCAACAAGGGUAUUUCCCUUUUACUUACGUCAUGAAUUUAUUAAUAUAUAGUCUAUUAAUAAUCCAUGCUUACGUCAACUCAACCAGUUGAACCUGUUGCAAACCUGUUGUACAGAUUACGCGUCGCGUGAAGAGCGCGCGUGGGAGGAAAAUGGGAAUUCUUCCACGCGGGCGAAGGCGAUUAAUCACUCGGCUGAUAACGCUUACCUCGACCUUGAUAAUUCCGCAUAUCACAAAAACCUCAUCCAAUAAUUGUUAAUUAUCUCAAUCUGAUAACUGCAGUUGGCCACCAUCUGCUGCAUGAUAAUGCUUAUAGUGAAACCCAUCAUAAACUAUCUAUACAGUCGGGAGAUUAAACUUUAGUCUCAUUUGAGAUUGUGAGGGUAUAUUAAUUAUUAAAUCAAACUUUAUUUAGAUUAACUUGAUCAGGGCAAGUGUAUUAAGAUAAGGAUUACGGCUAGAUAAGGGAUCAAAUAAGGAUCGAUCAGAUGAAGAUUAAGGUAUAACGAUUAGGAUUAGAAAACUGACCAAACUUUUUUUAGUGGAUAAUUCAUGAUUUUAUUGAUGAGUAUUCUACAAAAUCUACUAUUAAAAGGCUAAACAUGAGGACGCCGAAGUCUUGCAGUCUGACAUAAAUGCUAUUGACUCUUGGUGCAAGGAGUGGCAGAUGUCUUUAAAUCACUCUAAAUGUGGUCUCCUUCGCAUUACAAGAAAUUCUCAACCGAUCCAUUACUCUUACAACGUGGGAGGCAACUUACUUAAAACAAUCAACAAACAAAAAGAUCUUGGUGUUAUAGUCUCUAAAGAUCUUAAAUGGAGCCUCAACGUCCAAGCCGUCUCAAAUAAGGCCAACAAAAUGUUGGGGUUCGUAAAAAGAUCGUGUUUUCAUGCAAGUGACCCAAAAGUACGAAAGACCCUGUAUUUAGCCCUAGUAAGAAGCCAGCUUGGUUACUGUAGCCAAGUGUGGGCACCCCAAACCACCCAUGACAUUCAAACCCUGGAACGAGUUCAGCGUCGCAGCACGAAGUUUAUUUUAUCUCUUCCAUUUCAAACAGAUAUUUCAUAUCCUAAAAGACUCGCUAAACUCAACAUUCUUCCAAUUACCUACUGACAUGAAUACCUGGAUCUUGUUUAUCUAUUCAAAUGUCUUUAUGAAAAUUCCGACAAAAAUAUAAAACUACAUUCACCAAAUCGUGUAACCAGACGCUCUAGUUCCACAUCAGGACUCCUUCUUCAGAUUACCAAAUCAAAAACAGUAACCUUUCAAAUCAGUUUUUAUAUCAGAGCAUGCAGAACGUGGAACACUCUACCAAUAUCUUUAAGAAACUUAACUUUAUUGUCUUCGUUUAAACGUUGUCUAUUUAAUUACUAUUUUUUAUUAACUUCUAUUGUUUAUAACCCAGAAUUGCCGCACACAUACAAGACUGUUUGUGUCAAAUGUCACAAAGCCCGUCCUUUGGAUUCACUCAGUGACACUUUGUGCUGCUAGUGCCCUUUCUUUAUAUUCUGUGAUGACUUUUUGUUGUUUUUUGUUGUGAUGCACUAUUUAGUGUUUAACUCUUUGUAUACAAUAUUUCUAUGUAUUUUACAACUCACGCGGGGAACCCGUUAUUGGAGCUUCGGCUCUGUGGGUGCGCCCUUCCUGUUUUUGGGUAAAUUAAAUAAGUAUAAAUAAUAAAUAAAUAAAUAAAUAACAUGAUAUGACAAACACUCACAGGAACAAAAACAACUGACAAACAGAACCUCAACUAUAUAACAACAUAAGCACAAUUUGUAGAAGACCCAAACGGCCAAAUUAAAACACGAACGAGACACAAAGUCCCAUGCAAGGUGCUCACCGUCACAAUACAACAUAUAACAGACUCUACAAUGUCAAUGUUCAAAGACUGACAAGAAAUAAACAGUACAGUAUUUAAAAUUUGAAUUUGUGGCAAGAGCAGUCGGGCACCAAUGUCCAAGUGCAUGACAAUGAUGACAUGUCUAUGUCAAAUUUUACCUCUAAACACUUUUAUCUUCCAGAUGUUAUAUCUGAGAAAAAGUCAAGGCAACAAAUCAACGAAUCAGCAAUAGCUAUUGGUGUUUCAUGUGGGGCAGUAUCGCUGCUUGUCAUCGUUUGUUUGGGGUUGUAUUUCCACACAAGGAGAAAUGAUUGUGCCGUGGAAAAUGAUGUGCAAAUUGAAACGCAAACUAUAGUAGCUGAAAAUGAAGAUGCUGAGGACGACCGUCCAGGACUACCAACACCAGCAGCAGCAGAAUUUCAAAUUUAUCCUGGUGAAGGUACUUCAUCUGAUUUGGACAUAAUGAAGGAUCGAUCCUCGUCAGCUUUAGACUUAGAAGAACAUGUUAUGUGA